AUGAUUAAUCAACCUUCCGGUCAAAUCAAACUAACGAACGUUUCUAUUGUAAAACUGAAAAAAGGGAAAAAGAAGUUUGAGAUUGCCUGCUACCAGAAUAAAGUUCAUGAUUUCAGAAAGGGCAUCGAGACGGAUCUGGACGAGGUUUUACAAAUCCAUCAAGUAUUUAUAAACGUCUCCAAAGGUCUUGUUGCAUCGAAAGAUGAUUUAGCUAGUUCUUUUGAUUCCACAGAUGUUGACACUAUCAUCAAAGAGAUCCUCACCCGAGGAGAGAUGCCUUUGUCAGACAAGGAAAGGCAGCUGAUGAUGAACAAAAUCAACAACGAAAUGCUGACCAUUAUCAGUGCAAAGUGCAUCAACCCCAAGUCAAAAAAAAGGUACCCUCCCUCGAUGAUCCAUAAGGCCCUGAUGGAGCUUAAAUUUAGAGUUGUGAUAAAUAAACCUCCCAAGACACAAGCACUGGAGGCAAUCAAAGUGUUGACCGCCAGUCAAAUUAUCCCCAUUGCUAGAGCAAGGAUGAGAAUCAAGGUAGACAUGGACAAAAUUGGUAAUGAAGAAGUUAUUGACAAAUUGUCGAAUCUCAUGAAGGCUGCUGAAGCAAAUGAGACAGAAACGACAUGGUCGUGCAAUGCGCUCAUAGAUCCUGUCGCAUACCGCGUCAUUGUCGAUCUAUGUAACGGUAAGGGAAUGCUGCAAGUUUUAGAUUUGGCUGUCAUUGACAGCAAAUAA